AUGGACGUGUGUUUUCCAGGCUCCUCUGCCGUCACGGGUCCAGGCGCAGUGAAGGGCCGGGAGCGGGGCUCGCUGACCGUGUGGUAUCGCUAUGACCCAGGCUACGAGACCCACAAGAAGUAUUGGUGUCGAGGGGCUGACUGGGGCAGCUGCAACACCCUUGUUAGAACCACUGGCUCGGAGCAGGAGGUGAAGAAGGGCCGCGUGUCCAUCAGGGACGAUCAGAGAUACCGCACGUUCAGCGUGACCAUGGAGGCGCUCACGCUGGGUGAUGCGGACACUUACUGGUGUGGGGUUGAGAGAACCGGAGCUGACCUUCAUGCCCAAGUUACAGUGACCGUUGACCCAGCACCAGUCUCCCCAGAAGAUGACAAUGGCCCCCCAAAUGUAACCACUAGCAGCUCCCUGCUGGGCAGCGUCUACUUCCUGCUCCUGGUCUUCCUGAAGGUGCCCCUGCUCCUGGGCAUGCUCAGUGCCGUCCUCUGGGUGCACCGGCCUCAGAGGCGCCCUGGGGGAGGCAGAAUCCUGGAGCGCCAGUCCAGGAUCAGGGUGCACAGGGCAUGGUCUGCCCACACCCUACGCGGCAUAGGUGCUGCCUUCCUGCCGUACCUCACAUGGCAGGAGGGGCCCCAUCCUGCAGCUGCUCUCGGGAUCCUGAAACUCACCUCAUUGACAGCUAAGACGUCUCUGUACGUCCAUGAGGGGCUCUUGGAGAGCACCUAA